GGAAGGGGCGUGGUCCCGCUCGGUGGGCGUGGCCUCAGCCGCGCUCCGGUCGCCCGUGGAGACCCCGGGAGCGGCGCUCGGAUCAUUACACUGAUAAAAUCAAGGCAAGCUGGACAGGGAGCAAGUCUGCCUAUGUAGGGUGCAGUGGACAUCUCUGUGCAAAAGCAGCUCAGGGUGCUGUGCUGCCUUCUGGAAUAACAACCCCCUUUCUUUCCAAGCAGAACUUUUCUGCUGCACUGACAAUGUCUGGCAAAGGAGCCACCACGACCAACAACAUUGCCCAGGCACGCAGGACCGUGCAGCAGCUCAGGAUAGAAGCCUCCAUCGAGAGGAUAAAGGUGUCCAAAGCCUCAGCAGACCUGAUGCUGUACUGUGAGGAGCACGCCAAGAAGGACCCCCUGCUGAUGGGAAUCCCAGCUUCUGAGAACCCUUUCAAGGACAAGAAAACCUGCAUUUUGUUAUAGGGCAGGGGCAGCUCCUCCUGCCCAGCCCCUGCCAGCCCUUGGGCAGGGCCAAGCACCACCACUGCCCCAGGCACCUGCACCCCACGGCUGCUCCUGAGCAUUCCCUGAGCUUCCCUGAGCAUUCCCUGAGCUCCCUGCUGAUCCCUGGCUCUGUUAGGGUUUUUUCUGACUCAAUCCCUGUCUCUCCUGGCCAAGGGAAUGAGCUCCAGGGUCUCUGCCUGGGGGGUCCUGGUGGCAUUUGCCAACUCCAACACGACCAAAGUUGCCUGAGCUUUGCAGGUAAAGCAAAGCUGUAGAGACCUGAUGGAAUCACUGGGUUUACAUUUUUUAA